CUCCUCUUUCUUUUCCGCUCCUCACUAAAAUAAUUGUCCUGCAUUCCCUUUCCUUUUUUAGUGCCAGGUGUUCACUAACAAAACCAUCAAACAAGGUUAAAUUGAAUUUCAAGUUUUGAAACCAACUACAACAACUUGAUGAGUCCGUCGGGUAAGAACGUGGCAAACGCCGUCGGUGGCAAAACGGCAAGAGCGUGCGAUAGCUGCAUAACGAAGCGAGCACGGUGGUACUGUGCUGCCGAUGAUGCUUUCCUCUGCCAAGCAUGUGACUCUUCUGUUCACUCCGCUAACCCACUCGCUCGCAGGCAUCAGAGGCUGCGCUUGAAAGCCGCAACUUUGGACCCUCUCAACACUACCUCUACCUGUGCACCUACGUGGCACCAUGGCUUCACAAAGAAAGCUCGCACGCCCCGAAACGGUGGUAAGACCAAUCAUUCGUCUUCUUCAACUCGUCCAACAUCCAAGUCUUGUUGGAGCAGCCGCAUCAACAACCAGCAGCCUUUUCAUCUGGUGCCGGAAGAGGGCGAGGGCUCCGAUGAAGUGAAUUCCCAUGAAGAGAACGAGGAGCAGCUUCUUUAUAGGGUUCCUGUAUUCGAUCCCUUUGUAGCCGACCUAUGCAGUCCUGCUGAGAAUAAUACCAAGAAGGAGAGCGAAGAGAGCAAGAGCUCCUUUGGUUCUCACUUGCAUGGCUUUCUUCCAUCGGAAGCUGAGCUUGCUGAGUUUGCGGCUGAUGUGGAGAGCUUGUUGGGUAGGGGAAUGGAGAACGAGUGCGUUGGGAUGGAACACCUUGGUCUUAUUGAUAAUAAUAAUAAUAAGGUAGUGAAGGUGGAAAUGGAACAGGAACAGGAACACAUGGAUGCUACCUGUAGUAGUUGCAAGCUCGAGGAGGGAGAUAAUGACAUGAUGAUGAUGGAGAUUGGAAGAGAAACGGCGUUUCAGUUGAGCUUUGACUACGACGAAUCUCAUGAAACUGAAGAGAUAGAUAAGGAGAAGGUCAAUGAUGAUGAAGAUGCAAUUAAUAAGAAGAGGAAGAUAUUGCUGCAGCUAGAUUACGAGGGAGUAAUCAAUGCGUGGGGUGGUAGCCAUAAAUCUCCAUGGACUACAGGUCACAAACCAAACUUGGACCUCCAUGAUUGCUGGCCUCAUACCAUGGCAACAGGGGGAACAGAGUUUCAUCAUGGUUAUGGUGAAUUGAUGAUUGGAUUGGGGUGUAACCCAUCAUCGGUAAUAUUGGGAGACGGGGGUAGAGAGGCAAGAGUGUCAAGGUACAGAGAGAAGCGCCGAACAAGGUUGUUCUCCAAGAAAAUAAGGUACGAGGUUAGGAAAUUGAAUGCAGAGAAGAGGCCCAGAAUGAAAGGUAGAUUCGUCAAGAGGGCUUCAUUUGCCGCACCAUUUCCGUUGAUUGCUUAAUAAUGAAAUUCGUCCAUGUACCCUUAAGUUUUAUGUUUUGUUUGCAACGUUGAUAAUUGACAUGAAUGAUGGUAGCUACUAGCUAGUCUUUUGCUACUUGAUACAUUAUCACUCAUCAACUUGUUUCCUUUUCAUGCUUCUUUGUAUAUAACAAUUUUGCCACUACAGGCCAAUAAUUAAAUCC